AUGCCGAAGGAAGUCCAACUCACCAAGCCAAAGCAAACCAGGAAACGAGUACCCAGGACUGUAGGUCAGAAACGGAAACAGAAAUGUGACUCGUUGAAGCCCUGUGCGGUUUGCAAACUGAGAGGUGAAGCCGAUUUAUGCGAUUACUCUGGUGCCCAACCCACCCGUGUGUUGGAUGAAGAAGACGAAGCUACGAAUCAGGUGUCAUCCGAAGAGCUCAAGGUCCUACGUCAACAGCUCGACGACUUGGAACAUGCGAUCACCCUCGUCUUCAAUCACCCACCCGCCGGGACUAGCCCCCCACUGGGCACCAACGAUAUUACUCAUCAAUUGGCAAUAGAUAUGGAUGAAUUCAACCUUGCCAGUAUGCUAUCAAGCUUCUUGACUUCCAGAGUGGUCCCAUCCGAGUUCAGCCAAGAAUUCCCGAUCAUCCAAAAGGUCCGUCGUCAGUGUCAGUUAGACCAAAAUCUACCGCCAGCUCCAAACACGAAUUUCUAUGCAUCCAGCGGAUUAUCGACGUAUUUCAGCAACCAAUUCAACCAGAGUCACUACUCUGAGCUGCGGAAUCGAUUGCCGACCCGGGAGCAAUCAGCAGUCCUUCUGGCGACGUACAUGAAAGAGUUUGGGUGGUACCAUGCCUGCUUCAAUGCCGAGGCCUACACGACUGCCCUUGAAAGCUUGUAUACAUCCCCUGCCGCUGGGUCCGAGUUGGAAAAGGGCUUUCAAGCCAACUUCAUCAUUAUGGGAACCGCAUUUGCCAUUGCUCGAUCGUCUAUCAUCAAGCUGUCAUCCCAAUCUUCCAUUGAACUCAACCUGCCCGUCGACCCUUCCGAUCGUCUCGAGCAGUCUAAAAUGUGGCUCGAUAUGAGUGUGGCUUGUUUGAAAUGUGGUGAUUUCGAAGCCAACCCGCUGCUGGAAUCAGUCAGGUGUUUGAUCAUCUUGCUCGAGGUUGCAUGGUUCGACGAAAUCGUCGGCGGGAUUGAUGACCUGCCAACUCUCUUUGAUCUGAAAUCCAAAGCGAUCCAAUUGGCCUUUGACUUGUCUUUACAUCGAGACCCGUCGCACCGAGAUCCGAUGGGCACAGUGCAUGUGAACCCGACGAUUGCAAGAGAGAGGCGGAUGGUCUGGUGGGCGCUUUUAUCGAUCGACGGUCUCUAUAGCGGCCUUACCGGUCGCAUGUCGUCUAUCAGCGGGCUUGAGGCUGUCGACGUCUUCUUGCCCGCACUUAGCACUAGUGCUUUUCCUGAUGAAACGCAUGAGGGAUGCGAGCAAGGCUGUACAACUUCAACCCCGGCCACAGGCAUCAAACCUCGUCUACUGCUCGGCUACGUUGGCAACGAGAUCUCCCGAUUACCGCUGCAAAGGACCCCAUUGCCGACAAUCAAUGACAUCCACCAAGCGCAUCGUGACCUGGUCCUCCUGGAAUUCCAUCUUCCCGACUCUUAUAAACUACACACUAUAAACGGACAUUGUAUCGACCGAGCCCGGCUGCCCCAAUGCUCCAAAGCACGAAGAGAUGCAAUCUUCUUCUACAUGAGGUAUCAUUAUUUGCUUGUCAAACUUCAUAGUCCCUUGCACUUCAUUAAAAAGGGUCAAGAUAUUCCUGGAUUCGAAACUAAACAUCCCUAUCACCGGUCAGCUGUGGUUGAUCAUUCUUUGCUACUUUUGGAUUUAAGGAAUCUUGGUAAUUUUAGCCCUGAUUACAUCUACGGAAACGUGAUGGUUAUCGAAGCCGCGUUUUCGCUCGCAUUGGAUUUCCUCUACGAUCCCAAGGGCGAAUUCUCGAGUCUGAUCAAAAUCGAAUUACAAAACUUGUGCAAAUUUUUGCAGAACAGCAAAUUGAGGAUGAUCAAACGAGGUCUAGGUAUCUUGCAAUGUUUGAUGGCUACUUGGGGAUCUCCUCCACCCACCGGAACGAUCAGUUGGUUCUCGGUCAACAAGCCAAAUCUUUUAAACUAUAGUUGGGUACAGGGGCCCUAUCAUCAGCCCGCUGAGCUUACCAACUUCUCAGGGACGGGCCAGAUAGAAAAUGGGCCAGAAAAGCUCAACCAAUCUGAGCUGCCCGUAAACGAAUCGCCGGAUCAAUUAGCUGGUCGACAACAAUCCCUGAACCAUGCCUCUUGGCCCGCGCCGGGCCCUUUGAUUAAUCCCCAUUCGCCGCCUGUCCCGCUUUCCGCUCAGUCCUACUCCUCUCAUCAGCCGCAGUCCCAACAGCAUCAACAUCACACACAGAUGCCAAAUUACAAUUCCUCCAUCUCGGAGUACCCAACCGAGUUUUCCCAGUUCAAUCAGUCUGCCCCACCCCACGCCCAGGUGAUUGGACAUUCAGACCCUUUCCACCAAUUUUCGAUGUUGCCCACAACUUCGACUCGUGGCCAUCCAGCUGACCACAAUAAGAACAUCAACGCACGCGAUGAUUCAAGCCACUACAGCACCGCCAACACGGCGGGCGAAAGCCGGUUAAACCUGGACGACUUCUUCAGCGAGGUUAAUCGACAGAACCAUCCCGGCUCGGCCCCGAGUGGGACGGCCGCCAGGUUUGAGAACGGUCAGCACCACCCGUUGGCUGCUCAUCGUCUGCCCGAGCUUCCUUCAAGCCUCCAGCCCGCUCAGCAAAACCAGCAGAACCAACAGAAUCAACAGUCACAGCCUCACCAACACUACUCCUCAACUCAUGCGAAAUGGUGA